AUGGAGAACGUACUUGAUUACCAUAAAAUUGCCAUCGCCAUCUACGCUCCCGUUUGCGUGGCAAUUCGCAUCGGGCUGCCGAAUGAACAAAGAUCUUGGAGUACAUGCAAGAUGUCGGCAGAAUAUGAUGUACAUGCGGAGACGGAAAGCGAGGAUGGAGGAGUACCGUUGGCGAAGGUAAAGUCUGAUGAAAUAGAUAUAGACACUGGAUCGGACACGACGCCUACCUCGCAAGUAUCCGGUGGAUCUUCUUCCUCGUCAACGAAUGCAUGGGGCGAGACGCUCCCUUUGUCCUUCGGUGAACUCACCGAGCAUGAGGAUCACACCGCCGAAUAUCAACAUACUCCAGCUUCCUUGAAUGGCAUCUUCCAUGGCUCGGUGACUCCGCCUUUCAGUGUACCACAAGCUGCUUCGAGCACGACAUCGCCUCCGAUCUCCGAGGCACCACACAACCUUGAGACUAGCUUCACCGUCGUCGAUGCGGGGUCUAGCGCACUAGACACAGUCCAGUAUCUUCAUUCGACCAAUGGAGAUUCGCAUGAAGAAUGGGCGGAUCAACCAAAUUGGUCGGCGUUCGACUUCUUACUGUCCAAUGAAAUGCAACCACCCGACCCGUUAUCAACACACAUUUGGUCUGCACCUCUUCCAGCAUCUACCGAUCCUCUGCCCGCAGGCGCGGACGACGUCACCCCGAUAGAGCAUUCAGAGCCACCAGCGGGUACAUCUGAGGAUGAGACAGCACAGGGCGCCAAUCAAAAUUUCACAGGAGAUCAUCCCAUCUCAGCUGGAAUGGAUCAUACUGAUGGCUCGGACGAGGACUGGCUGGAGCUCUCCGAGGACCCGUACAACAUUUUCGACUCUGAUAUCGCUCAAGUAAACAGUACAUUACACACAUUGAGCCAGGCAAGCAAUAUGGUCUCUUACUAUGAUAAUGACGAUCUUGAAGAUAACAGCAAUUUCUUUUCGGUGCCGUUCUUCUUAUAUUAUUGGAAGCAGAUGUACAUGAACAGGAAGCCUGAUUACCCACCCAUAAGCCAGCUCGCAAAUGACCGUGCAAAGGUACGCCGACCUGACAAGACCACCGCUAACGACCGAGAACAAGGCGACUAUCAAGGCAUACAUUGGUCCAGAUAUCAGACAACCAAGCAAGAAGCUCGAGAAGUGCGAAGGAUGACCUACAGGAAUUUGAGAAACAUCGGCCCCCCUGAACAAAACUUUGCUACCAAAGCGUUCAAAGCAAAUUUUCCUGGUGCGGUCAUUCCUAGUUCAGCUUGCUACUUUGAUUUCAACCAAAUGGACAUGAAGAGGAGACCAGACUUCUCCCAUUUUCAACUCCGGCACAACCUGUCUGCUACCUCGAAGAAUGCCGUUUUCUACACCAAUAUGCCUCCACACCAUGAUGCCGUUUCGGUCUGGGAUGUCCGGAAAUCACAACAUAAGACAAUUUCGUGUUUCAAUCCAGAGACUGGGACAGAAGAAUGUGUCAUGGACGUCAAGAAGAGAUACAACAAGGAUGAUCCGAAGAUCAGCAAGAUUCACACUCUGACAGCUGGAAAUGGGGUGCUGGUAGCUGGAAGCUUCGAAGGAACCUAUGCCAUGAAGUCUCUAUCAGCCGAUUUCGAAAGCGCACCCGUCACUGGCACAAUUGCUACUGGUGGCGAUGUGAGCACGAACCACGUUCAUACUCAUCUCGACCGUCAAAGUGGACUGCCUCGAGUGGUAUUUGAUUCUAACGACAUGAGUGUAAGAAUCCUGGACUGUACUACAAGCAAUUGGGUCACAUGCCACACGUACCCCUAUCAAGUCAAUUGCUCAGUCACAAGCCCUGACGGACGUCUAAGGCUGCUCAACGGUGACGACUGCAUGCCCAUCAUUGCGAAUGCAGAGACUGGGGAGACGCUCGCCAAGCUACCAGGUCACAAUGAUUUUGGCUUUGCAUGUGAUUGGGCAGCAGAUGGUAUCACAAUGGCAACAGGUCAUCAAGACGGCCUAGUGAAGGUUUGGGAUGCUCGCAAAUUAAAUCAAUCCAUCCAAACGAUAGCCAUGGAACAGGCGGGCUGUCGGUCCUUGCAGUUCUCGCCACUUGGAAGCGGCAAGCGCGUGCUUGUGCUGGCUGAACCCGCUGACUUUGUUCACAUUGUUGACGCUCAGACUUUCAAAAGCAAGCAGACCGUUGAAUUCUUCGGUGAAAUCUCUGGGAUCUCCAUGCCACCGGAUGGAUCGAAGUUGUACAUUGCCAACGCUGAUGCCAAGUAUGGUGGGCUUAUGGAGUUUGAAAGGUCCUGGGACAGCAGAGAAUACAAGAGACGGCCAUUCCGAGUGCCAGACCUUGAGGAUGAGCACGAGGAGAUGGUAGACUGCAUCGUGGAUGGGGUGCCGCCAGCGCAACGGUUCCCCAAACUUGGAGACCAGCUCUACCAGCAUGUGGAAGCAGUCAUGCAUGGACAGGGCUUGCCUUUCGUUGCUCAACCGAUGAUUGAGGACACCAUGAUUGAUUGCCAACGCCUGUUCUUCAGAUGCUUAAACAUGGGUGGCGGUCAAAGAGUGACGGCAUCAGGAGAAUGGUCGACGGUUGCGCGGACGUUGGGCAUUCCCUGGGAAGAAGCUGUGUCUUUCGGGCACCAGCUCUAUGAAUAUUGGCAAGAUAAUCUUGCGCCAUAUGAAACGUCCCUGCCCUUUGCGCCCAUGAUGCAGGAAUGGCAGCGAGCCACUGGAAGGGAAGUCAGGGGAUGGGUCGCGAGCCAGGGAGUACGUGGAAGUGAAGGCCUGAAACAGCAAAAGUUUUUGCAUUGUGGCGAAGAGCGCCAGUAUCGCAGAGAUUACGAUGAUCCUAGAAGAAAAGACUUCAAGAUCGGUAGGAAGAGUGAGAAUCGGGACUGGCUGUCCGAGUCGGAUAUAGAGGAUGAUGCUCGGGUGAUGUUUCCUCAGGGGCAGCGUGGGCGUCAAUGGGCGUCGAGGCCUGAGGUUGAUGAUGAUUCCCCCACCCGUACACUCACACCCCCUCCUUCCCCGACUCCACCUCCCACAAUGUCCUACAACGACGACUACAACGACCAAGGCGGCGGCGGUGGCCGUGACGAGUACGGCAACCAAGGCGGUGCCGGCUACGGAGGCGGCGGCGGGCGUGACGACUACGGCGGGCAGCAGCAGGGCGGAGGAGGAGGCGGCUACGGUGGUGGAGGAGGAGGAGGAGGAGGAGGAGGAGGCAUGGGUGAAGAAGGCCGCGGGGGGCAUCACACGCAACAUCGUAGGGAGGAAGGGGAGGGGUACGGUGGCGGUGGUGGAGACGGAUAUGGUGGGCAGGGAGGUGGGAUGGGUGGAAGAGAUGGGUAUGGUGGGCAGGGAGGCGGGAUGGGCGGGAGAGAUGGGUAUGGUGGGCAGGGAGGCAUGGGAGGAGGACGUCAGGAGCAAGGAUACGGCGGCGGAGGCUACGGCGACCAAGCCUCCGGCCGCCUCCCCGGCGCCGGCGGCGACGGCCAGGGAUACCCGGGCGCCCAAACCUCGUACGGCGGCGGCGACGAGGGCCAGUUCGGCGGCGCCAUGGCGCACGCGCAGCUGCACGCCGGCGGCUCCGGCGACCCGGCCCUGUUCCAGAACGCCGUGGGCCAUCUGCAGAGCAAUCACCAGUCGUACGGCGGACAGGGCGUCGACGAGGGCGCGGCGGUCGGUGCGCAUCAGGCCAUGUACGGCGGCGGGGGCGGCGGGCAGCAGCAAGGCGGGGCGGGGCAUAGCAGCCAGACGGUCGGGGCGGGGGCGGCGAUGCAGGCGUUGAAGAUGUUCACGGGCGGCGGUGGUGGUGGAGGAGGAGGAGGAGGUAUGAUGGGCGGGGGCGGUGGUGGCGGUGGUGGCGGUGCGGGCAUGGGGGCCGGUAGCCAGGGGCAGGGCGGGGGCGGGGGCCAGAACCAGUUCGUCGGCAUGGCCAUGGCGCAGGCGAGUAAGCUCUUCGAUCAGCAGUCCGGCCAGGGCAACCUGCAGCAGGGCGCCAGCAAGCAGAGCGCCGUCACCCAGGCGGGCGAGAUGGCGUUGAAGAUGUACAUGGGCGGCGGUGGGGGCGGGGGCGGGGGCAUGGGUGGCUUGAUGGGCAUGGCGAGUAAAUUCCUGUGA